GAAGAAACUGAAACUUGGCUUGCCGGGGGCGGAGUGGUCACUGGGGACUUAAAAAGCCACCACUUCCUUGGGUUCCCAGAGGGCACUGGGAGGUCACAGCAGCUGAGGGCCACCCUGAACCAGAUGUGAGCCUUUGUCCCACUGCCCAAGCCAUGCACAUCUGUGGGGGUGAAGGGCUGCUGACGGGGACGGACCCCGAGGGGCAUCAGAGGCAGCUGAAGAAGAAACAGAAGAACCGGGCGUCAGCCCAGCGCAGCCGGAGGAAGCACACGGACAAGGCAGACGCCCUGCACCAGCAGCACGAGGCCCUGGAGAAACACAACCAUGCUCUGCGGAAGGAGAUCCAGGGCCUGCGGGCGGAGCUGGCCUGGUGGGGCCGGACCCUGCACAUGCACGAGCGCCUGUGCCUGAUGGGCUGUGCCUCCUGCUGGGCUCCUCUGCCCCCCGGCUGCUGGGGCCAGGCCAGCCGGCCCCUGGACCCCGAGCCUCACCGGCAACAUGGCUGCCAGGAGCAACCAGGCCUGUUCCAGACCCCAGUCUCCUCUCCCUCGGCUCAGCCUCUCUCUCCACAUCCGCAGCCUCAUGGCUCCCCUGGCCUCCUCCUGCCUCCUCUGCCCUGGCUGCCCCUCGGCCCUACGACGAUUACUGCACCUUCUGACCAACUGUCCCCGAGCCCGACCCCAUCUGCCUCGCCCCCUGGCUCCAGCUUAUUGGCACCUUCCUCCAAGCUCAAAGCCCCCCUGCCCCACUCAUCAGCCCACCCUGCCCCUCAGCAGCCCCGUGGGCCGGAGCACCUCAGCCGGGGGAAGCUGGUGCCCUCACCGCUCGGCCCCUCGGCGGCCCUGGGGCCGGCCUGUCUGCAGGACAUGGAGCACAGGCCCGCUUUCUCGGCAGCAGACCAGCCCGGGCUGAGUGUGGACCUCGGCCCGCACCCGCUCCAGGCCUUCCCCCUGCUCUCCUCUGCGCAAGUCCACUUCUAACCCGGCCCCUGGAGCUGGGCCGGCCCUUCCUCAGGCUCGGGAAGCCGCCAUGGCACCCAGAAUCUCCUCCAUGGCCCCCGGAGGCUGCCCUUCCUGGCUGACCAGCUGGCCCAGGAGUGCCCCAGGGAAAGGAAGCCGUCACUGUGCCCGCCACCGACCAGGCCCUGUCACCACCGCUGUCCUAUCUCAACUUCAUGGUCAGCCUGCAAAGUCCAGAUGGUCACUUUUUCAGAGAAGGAGACAGAAGCUCAGAGAAGGCCGCGACAUGUCCAAGGUCACACAGCCUUUCUUGGGGCCUAAAACGCCACCAUCUGCCCCUUCCUCUGCUGGUGGGAUCCUGGCCCAGGCGCCUUAGGGGCUGAAGUCCCAGCACUGCAGGCUGGUGUGAAGAUGUCUAAGUGCUGGGAGCAGGGAGGAGUCUCCCUUCCGCCUUGUGAUUCCCAGGGCCGCAGAGCGCAGCAUUCCCGAAACCUUGUCCUAACGAGGAGGUCCGGAGUCCAAGCCUGGGUGGGGAGAAGCCUGGAGGGAGCCCGGAAGGGACUCUUUCUUCCUCUAGCAGGGUUUUCAGUUUCAGAACUGAACCUGUGGGGGGAGGGGGGUUGGGGAGAAGCCCGGAACAGUCUCCCCUGGGGUUUCUGCAGGCGAGGUGCCUAUCGCCAUACUGAGGCCUGGGGAGAUUCUGCAGGGUCAGCUUUCCAGGCUCUUCCCAAAUGCUUCCUUGCCUCCCUCCUGCCCCCGAGGCCACGUGGCAGGAGGGGGGAGGGGGAUGAUGUACUAGAGAGCCCUGCACAUGGUGCACAAAGGGCCGGAGGAAGGAGGGAGGGAAGGGCCGGGUGCAAGGUGAUGUUUAAGCAAGUGCUGGACCUGAACCUGGCAGUAGUGAGACCCGUGUCUUCUUCAGCACCACCCCCAUCCUUGUGCAGCCCCCAGGCCCCUCUGAUCAGUGACCCUCACUGUUCUUUGGUCUGAUGGCUCCUGGAAGAACAGGGAUGGGGACCAGGCUGGAGCUCAGCUGCGGUGUCUGCUCCUGGGGUUCUCACUCAGACCCAGGACAGACACUGUGAGGGGCUUCAGAUGAGAAGGUCCCACUCUUCGCCCAGAUGUUCAGCAGACACUACGCUAGCAAGUGUUACACACACUCCAGGACGCUGAGCCUAAGUCGCCGCACGUUGUUAUGGUAAAUAAAGUGUUUUCUGAUUC